AUGAUUCUUUUAACAGAGCACCCAAAGACAUCAGACCUCUCUGUUGACUGCAAGGCUGCUCCUUUUGGCCACUAUCUUGAGGAACAAACUCAUGGAGACCAUCCUUUUAAAUGCAGUGAAGUUGUUGAAGCCUUGAGUGUGAAAUAUAGAAUUUCUCAGAAUGAGAACAUUUGCCCUGGAAAGAAACCCUAUCAAUACUGUGACUCUGAAAAAGACCUCAGAGGUUAUUUACACCUUCGGUCACAUAAGAGAAUUCUUCCUGGGGAAAAAUCUUAUGGAUGUAAAAAAGAUGAAAAUGCCUUCGUCAAGAGUUCUUACUUAACUGUUCAGGAGAGACAACAUACAAGAGAGAAAUCCUAUGAAUGCAGUGACUGUGGGGAAAUCUUAAAUUCAAUCUCAUGCCUGAAGAAGCAUGAAAAAACUUACAUUGGAGAGAAGUCUUUUAAGUGUGGUCAGUGUGGUAAAGUAUUACAGAACCGCUCAUCCAUUAAGUUGCACAUGAGAACCCACACUGGAGAAAAACCAUUUAAGUGUUAUCAAUGUGGGAAAGCCUACAGCUCAAACUCUUACCUUACACGUCACAAGAGAAUUCAUACUGGGGAGAAGCCCUAUGGGUGCCAUGACUGCGGAAAAACCUUCAGAGAUAGCUCACUUCUCAGACAACAUUCGGAAACUCAUUCAAGAGAAAAACCCUAUAAAUGUAAUCAAUGCAGCAAAACCUUCAGUAGAAGCUCUAGGCUUACCAUACACCAGACAACACAUACUGGAGAGAAACCUUUUACAUGUAAUGACUGUGGGAAGACCUUCAGUAUCCUCCCAUAUUUUAAAAGACAUAAGAGAAUUCACACUGGAGAGAAAUCCAUUAAAUGUAGCCACUGUGGAAAAGCACUAAGUAGUCAGGCAUCUCUUAAGACACACCUCCGGAUUCAUACCGGAGAGAAACCUUACAAGUGUGAUCAAUGUGGGAAAACUUUUAGAUUGAGCUGUAACCUUACCACACACAAGAAAAUUCAUACUGGAGAGAAACCCUGUAAGUGUAAUGACUGUGGAAAAGCAUUCAGAGAUCGCUCAUGCCUUAAAGAACAUGUGCGAAUUCACACUGGAGAAAAACCCUUUACAUGUAAUCAAUGUGGAAGAGCCUUCAGAGUGAAGUCUUUCCUCGUUUUACACAAAAAAGUUCACUUUAAAAUGAAACAUGAAUGUAAGGAAUGUGGGAAAAUCUUCCAUGGUGUCUUAUCUUACAGGAAACAUAUGAAAAACCAUACCAGGGACAAGAAAACUUAUAAGUGCAAUGAGUGUGGAAGGGCUUUCAGCAGGCGUGUGUCCCUUACUAUACACAUGAGAACUCACACUGGGGAGAAACCCUAUGAGUGUAAUGAAUGUGGAAAAUCCUUCAGUGUAAAGUGUAAUCUCACUGUGCACAAAAGAGUACAUACUGGAGAAAAACCCUAUAAAUGCAGUAUGUGUGGACAAGAUUUCAGUAAACCCUUAUCCCUUUGGCGUCAUGAAAGAAUUCAUGCCCAGUAA